AUGUCUAAACGUAGUAAAGUGUGGGACCAUUUCACCGACAAUGGGAAUCAAGAGCCAACUUGUAAACUGUGUAGCAAAUUAGUGAAAUCGGCUGGUAAUACUUCUAACCUGAGGAAGCAUCUAAAGACCAACCAUAAAAGUAUUUACUCUAGUGAAUUUGCUAAUUUUGAUGAGAACGAAGACCAGAAUGGGAACCAAAGAAUUGAUACCUUUAUAUCAAAGGUCCAGUCAAUGAAAGGUGGUGAUUUGUCGAAAGCAAUUGAUGAGCAAAUCGCUUGGUGGGUCAUUUGGAAUUCACUUCCUUUCAGGAUAGUUGAACACCGUGGUUUCAGGGAUUUCAUUCGCUCUCUCAGUAAAAAUUACAACCCACCAAGAAGAGACAAAUUGAAGAAGAUCAUUAAUGAUCUUUACACAGCUAAAAGCAACCAAGUUAAAUUGUAUCUUGCUGAUGUUAAAUGGUAUUCUCUCACAUCAGAUGGAUGGAAGGAUACGAGUAACCAGAUAACAUACAUUGGUGUUACUCUUCAUUACAUUGACAACUACGAGCUGUUUAGUAUCUGCUUAAAAGCUAAUCACUUUCAAGGUGAUGCAACAGCAGAAAGAAUACAGUCGUCGAUUGAGGAAUCAUGUAAUGAGUUUGGUGUUAACAUGUCCAGUAUUGUAUCUAUUACAACUGAUGGUGCAAGUAACUAUUCAAAAGCUGGUCGUAAUAUUGCAUCACACAUUCACUGUGUCGCUCAUAGACUGAAUCUAGUCGUAGAAGAUUCAUUGGAGAAUAGCUUGCAACUUUCACAUUUAAUCGAGAAGUUACGUAACAUUGUUACAUCAUUCAAGCAAAGCAGUAAGUUGAUGGAUGAUCUUAAUGCUUUUCAGUCAUCCAAUGGGGAAAAGCAAUAUAAGCUUAUUCAAGAUGUAACAACGCGAUGGAACUCAACCUACCUGAUGAUCCAACGUUACCUAAUAUUGCAGAAAGACAUUUCUUACGUUCUCCUGAAACAUGAUAAAAGAGAAAUCGAUGUAGAUUCAGAUGAUGUAAGAAGUUUGCAUAACAUCUCUAAGGUUCUUCAACCUUUCUAUGAUGUAACCUUAGAUAUUUCGGGAGAAAAUUACGUAACUGUAUCAAGGAUAAUACCUCUCAUCAGUAGUGUUAAGGUUAUGUUGCAAACCAUUAGACCUGAUGAUAGCGUUUCAUCAUCUUUACUCAGAAAGUUGAUUACCGAAUUAGAUUAUCGGUUUGGUAAUAUUGAAAAAAACCAUUUGUUUUCUUUUGCAACGCUAUUGGAUCCUCGUUUCAAAAAAUUAGCUUUUACUUCGCCAUCAGACUGUGGUGCAGCUGUAACAGCAUUAAGCAAUAUGUUAUCCAAUGUCCCUUUGACGCAACCAUUUCCUGAUUGUGAGACGAACUCGGAAGCCAAAAUAUGGGAAUCGUUCGACAGAAAAGCAAAGAGUCUUUCCAAUCCAGCAGGAGGAUUACACAGUGGGUUGAAACAUUAUCUUGAAUCGGAUGUAAUCCCCCGCUCUGAUAAUCCUUUGGUUUAUUGGAAAAACAAUAAGUCGAAUUGGCAUCAAUUGCAUAAUUUAGCAAUCAAGUACCUUUCUGUCCAAGCAACAUCUGUGCCUUGCGAGAGAUUAUUCUCUAAAACCGGUUCAAUUAUCACUGAUAAACGUAACAAAAUCAAGCCAAAGAAUGUAAACAUGUUAUCCUUUUUAGAAUCUCUGCCUAACAAUUUGAUAUAA